ACGACCGAACCGCCUCUCUCCUCCAUGUUCGGGUCUCUGGUGGGCCCCACUUCUCCACCAAAGGGACCACUCUCUCGUGUGCAAAGAGCGCGGUGGGUUGUGGGGAGGAGCGGAGGGAAUCUCUCUCUUCACUCUUUCUUUCUUAUUCGAGACCGGGAGCUAUAUUGGAGACCGGGAGCUAUAAGUACCACCGCCCCCUCUCGCCUUCUUCCUGCGAUCAUCCACUCGAAGGAUUCGUCUUUCUGGUUUUGGAUUCAGGGUUAGGGUUCCGGCGGCGGCAAUGGUGAGGGGGAGGGUGGAGCUCCGGCGGAUCGAGGACAAGACGAGCCGCCAGGUGAGCUUCUCCAAGCGGCGGAGUGGCCUACUCAAGAAGGCGCACGAGCUCGCCGUCCUCUGCGACGCCGAGGUCGGCCUCAUCAUCUUCUCUGCCAAGGGCAAGCUCUACGACUUCGCGAGCACCUCCAGCAUGGAAAAAAUUAUUGAGCGCUAUUGCCAAUUUUCAGAGGCGGAAAGAGGUGUAAAUAGAGGCAACUUUGGUGUUCAGGGUCUAGUCAAAGGCUUUGCUUGUCCAAGAACCAAAUAUGAACUUCUGCAGAUUGCUCAAUGGUCCCUUGAUGAAUCAAAUGUUGCCCAGCUGAGCUUGGAUGAGCUUAGUCAAAUUGAAAAGGACUUAGAUUGGGCACUAAAGCAAACAAUGUCAAGAAAGACCCAAUUGAUGAUGGAUAUGAUUGUCAGGCUCCGUGAGAAGGGACAGGCGUUGCUCGAGGAGAGGAGGUUUCUGGUAUCGAUGGGGGCUACGGAGAAGGGGAAGGAAAGCGAAGAGCAUCGCCAUGGUGAUGGCGAGGGCAAUAAUAAUAGCGGGAAUGGCAGUGAGCGCAAUUGGGCGGGUACCGAGGAGGCAGGCGGCGCCUGUCCUUCCACUUGGCAUGGACUCGGGACGCGGCGGCCGCAGAUGCACGUUCUCCGGGAUUUAUUUCGCACGUGAUGUGGUUGCCGGUGGCCACGCAACGUAUCCUACUCCGCGGAGUUGUAAGUAUGCUUUGUCCCUAAGUCACGUGACCGUAGUUACGCGUGCCACCAAGCACGAGGAGAUUGGUGUAUGAUAGAACAGUUUCUUUCUACCCAUUAUGUAAUGUAUUGUGUGAACUUUUCGUGUUUAGAACUCCCAGUUUGCGUCCCGAGCGGAUUGGGUCGCUUGUUUUUGUGACUCAGCGAUCCUAUGGAUCGAUGCAAUAGCUGCUUCAAAAAUUUUUAGAAAUAUUUAUUCUGAUUUUGUUGGAUAUAUUCAUAUUAAUUUUGUAUGAAUUAUCUAAUUACAU